CCGGGGCUGGCAGUGCGCAGUGCCUCUGCAGCAGCGAAGGCAAGAAGAGGGGGAGAAGAAGAAGAAGAAGCCAGCCUUGGCAGCCGGAGGGAGAACCCCGAGACUCUCCCUACCCUCACCACCAUCAUCAUCAUCAUCAUCACCAUCCUCCUCCUCCUCCUUAUUCCUGGUAUCGCAGGGGCUGCUCCUCCUCCUCUUCCUCCUGCGGGACCCAGGGAUGUCUCUGCUGCAGCCCCCCGGCGAGUAGCGGAGCUUUGGGGGGCUCUCGGGGGGUCGGCCUUGGAACUGCCGCAAUCGGGAGCCGGAGGCGUCGGGGGCCGGGCGCCCCUCCAAGCGCCCGCGCCCCGCUCUUCCUCUCCCUCUCCAUGGACGGAGGGGCUCCCGGAGGAGGAGGAGGAGGGGGUCCCCCCGGGGCCACCGAGAGCCCCAACCGGGCGGUGGAGUACCUGCUGGAGCUCAACAACAUCAUCGAGAGCCAGCAGAAGCUCCUGGAGACCCAGCGCCGGAGGAUCGAGGAGCUGGAGGGCCAGCUGGAGCAGCUCAGCCAAGAGAACCGGGAUCUGAGGGACGGGGACCGGGAUCGCCACCGGGAACAGUACCACCACCAUCACCACCACCACCAUCAGCAGCAGCAGCAGCAGCACAAGGAGAGGGAGAGCCACUACCAGAACCGCCCCGAGUACCCAGGUCGGGAUCAUGGGCAGCCUCCGCCGGCUCCUCCGCAGUACCAGAACCGGGAGAAGGGAGAGUUGCAGCAACAGCAGCAGCAGCAGCCGCCCCACUAUGGGGCCCGGGAUGGGCAGCAGCAGCAGCAGCAGUACCAGCAGCAGCAGCACCACCAGAACCGGGAGGGCCACUACAGGGAGCCCUGCCAGCUCCACCGGGACCGGGCCCCGCAGUGCCACCCGACCCGGGAGAAGGACCACCACCACCACCAGCAGCAGCAGCAGCAGCAGCAGCAGCAGCCGCCUCCUCCUCCGCCUCCACCGCCUGCUCAACAUGAGUACCCCUGUGCCCCCCGGGAAAGGGAGAGGGAGAGGGGCCAGCUGAGCCGAGGGGCUUCCCGCAGCUCCAGCCCCGGAGCCGGAGGAGGAGGGGGGCACAGCACCAGCGCCAGCACCAGCCCCGCCACCACGCUCCAGAGAAAGUCAGAUGGAGAAAAUUCAAGAACUGUCAGGUCGUCCACGUGUCCCACUCUGCACCAGUACUGCUGCUCUGCUCAGUCGCUUCUCCACUCGCAGCUAGCUUCCCCUGCCAGGCACACAGGCUGCAGCGUGGAAGGCGACCCACCAGGAAGUGAGACUGGCACGAUAGUGGACAAUCUGGGCAGUCAAGCUCCAUACCUCUGUGCCCCUGAAGUGAGCAAAGUUGAGCACUACGAUUUGGCGCCUUCCUCGUCGUCGUCCUCUGUCUGUCACACUCCAUCCCCAGGGCUACCGUGGGCCCAGCGUGCUCGGCUACAGCCCGCCAGCGUGGCGCUGAGGAAGCAAGAAGAGGAGGAGAGCAAGCGUUCCAAGGCCCUGUCAGACAGCUAUGAGCUCUCAACGGACCUUCAGGACAAAAAGGUGGAGAUGCUGGAGCGGAAGUAUGGGGGCUAUUUCCUGAGCCGUCGGGCAGCUCGUACUAUCCAAACUGCCUUUCGCCAGUAUCGCAUGAACAAGAAAUUUGAACGCCUGCGAAGCUCGGCGUCCGAGAGCCGCAUGUCACGGCGCAUCAUCCUCUCCAACAUGCGGAUGCAGUACUCCUUCGAGGAAUACGACAAGGCCCAGAAUGCCCCUUACUUUGAAGGGAAACCUGCCUCUCUGGACGAAGGGACCAUGGCUACUGUUCGGCCUCAUCUCUUAGACCGUGGCCUACCCUAUGGUGGCUCUUGUCGGACAGGCUUGGAUGGCAGCUCCCUCCAUUCCUCUUCCGGAGGCUUCUGCAACGACAUCACAGAGCUUGAGGACUCCUUCUCCAAGCAGGUGAAGUCUCUUGCCGAGUCGAUUGAUGAAGCCUUGAACUGCCACCCGCUAGGGCAGGAGGGAGGGCCAGGAGGCCCCACCUUGGAGAAGAGCGAGUCCAAGGAGCAGCAGGGCGACAGUGCAGCCACUUCGUUCAGUGACGUGACACUAUACCUGGACGAAGGUGCUCCUACGUCGCCCCUCUCUCUCGAGCGCCCACCCAGCACUGACCCUCCUGAACCCAGCACAGUACCAAUUCCCCCGCCCCCACGGCCAGAGUACUGGGGUGGGCCACAGCGGGAGGACAGCCGAGAGAAUGGAGGCGCUAGCCGGCGCAGCACACCUUGUAUGGAGUGCCGGGACUACCGCCUGAGGGGUGCCCACCUCCCUUUGCUCACCAUCGAACCUCCCAGCGACAGCUCAGUGGAUCUGAGCGACCGCUCCGAUCGGGGCUCUCUCAACCGUGGCCUGAUCUACGAGCAAGAUGGCUGCAGUCCCCAUGGCACCCUCAAGCAUCCUGGUGGGCCCGCCCGCUCCCCACACCCGCACCGACAUUAUCACCCCGAACAAAACCAGCCUCCCCCACCUCUCCCCAUGCCACCUGCUCAAGCCCCUGGCCGCCUGCCCCCACCUCCUCCACCAGACAACUCAGACGGCGACAACGACAGCCUGAACAGCACCACCAACUCCAAUGAGACCAUCAAUUGCAGCUCGGGCUCUUCUUCUCGUGACAGCCUACGUGACCCACCCCCACCUGCCCCUGCCGCCACCUCUUCGGCCCCCGGCGGGCCCUGCAAACAGACCUACCAGCGAGAGACGCGGCACAGCUGGGACUCACCUGCCUUCAACAAUGACGUGGUACAACGCCGCCAGUACCGCAUCGGCCUCAACCUCUUCAACAAGAAACCAGAGAAGGGGAUCCAGUACUUGAUUGAGAGAGGUUUCCUAUCAGACACACCAGUCGGCGUGGCACGCUUUAUCCUGGAGCGGAAAGGAUUGAGCCGGCAGAUGAUUGGCGAGUUCUUGGGCAACCGGCAAAAGCAGUUCAACCGGGACGUACUUGACUGUGUGGUAGACGAGAUGGACUUCUCCAGUAUGGACCUAGAUGAUGCUUUGCGGAAGUUCCAGUCUCACAUUCGAGUGCAAGGCGAGGCACAGAAGGUGGAGCGUCUAAUUGAGGCCUUCAGCCAGCGCUACUGUGUAUGCAAUGCCCCAUUGGUGCGCCAAUUCCGGAACCCAGACACCAUCUUCAUCCUCGCUUUUGCCAUCAUCCUUCUGAACACUGACAUGUACAGCCCCAGCGUCAAGGCAGAGAGAAAGAUGAAACUAGAUGACUUCAUCAAGAAUUUGCGAGGAGUAGAUAAUGGGGAAGAUAUCCCUCGGGAUCUACUGGUAGGGAUUUACCAGCGGAUUCAGAGCCGGGAGCUGCGUACCAAUGAUGACCAUGUUUCUCAGGUCCAAGCAGUUGAGCGCAUGAUUGUGGGUAAAAAACCGGUCCUCUCACUGCCCCACAGACGUCUGGUUUGCUGCUGUCAGCUGUAUGAGGUGCCUGACCCCAACCGGCCCCAGAGGCUUGGGCUGCACCAGCGGGAAGUCUUCCUCUUCAACGACCUCUUAGUGGUGACAAAGAUAUUUCAGAAGAAGAAGAUCCUUGUGACCUACAGUUUCCGCCAGAGCUUCCCUCUUGUCGAGAUGCAGUUGCAGCUCUUUCAGAAUUCCUACUACCAGUUCGGGAUUAAGCUACUCUCAGCUGUUCCUGGUGGGGAAAGGAAAGUCCUGAUCAUUUUCAACGCCCCCAGUUUACAGGAUCGAUUGCGCUUCACCAGCGACCUGCGGGAGUCCAUCGCAGAAGUACAAGAGAUGGAGAAAUAUCGUGUGGAAUCGGAGUUAGAGAAGCAGAAAGGAGUGAUGCGCCCCAACGCCUCCCCCUCCUCUGGUCCUAAGGAUGCCGUGAAUGGGACGCUGACUCGAAGCAGCCUGGAGGAUGCCUACACUGUGGGAGAAGGGCUGAAGAGAAGUGCCCUCAGCAGCUCCCUCCGCGACCUCUCCGAUGCUGGCAAGCGGGGCCGUCGUAACAGCGUGGGAUCCUUGGACAGCACAAUUGAAGGAUCUAUCAUUAGCAGCCCUCGUCCCCACCAGAGAGUGCCACCUCCUCCUCCUCCCGAGGAAUACAAGCCUCAGCCUCGGCCUCCCUCUAACUCCUCGUCUUUCUUGGGCUCCCUUUUCGGCAGCAAGCGUGGGAAGGGUCCCUUUCAGACGCCCCCCAGUCAAGCCUCAGCCUCUUCCUCUUCGGCCUCGUCAUCCCACCACCACCUUCCUCAGCAUCACCCUCACCACAGCCACCCAUCCCUCCCUGACAGCAGCCAGUCCAAGCUGCAGGCGCUGCAUGCCCAGUACUGCCAUGGCCCAUCCUCCCAGCCGCCCCCUCCUUACCCCCAGCAGCCCCCUCCACCCCAGCAGCCUGCCCCUCCGCCCCCACCACUCGCCUUGCCCUCUAACCCCUUGCCACCCCAGAUCCAGCGCUACCACCACUCCCAACAGCCCCCCCUCUCUGCCCCACCCCAGAAACAGGCCGUGCCAGCCUUCCCCACCCCACAGCCCCACCACCACUACACUCUGGGUCGGCCCAGCCAGCAGAAGCGGGCUCACCAGCUGGCCGCUGCUGCUGCUGCUGCUUCCCAACAUCCUCCCUUUCCCCAUGGGCGCCAGCCCACUUCACCACUGCCCCUGUACAGCCCUGCCCCUCAGCAUGCCCUUGCUCAUACGUACCCUCAGCAGCUCCACCAGACCGGUGGCAGUGGUCAACACACUCUGCACCGGCAACAGGCUCCCAAGCACUUUAUCUUCAGCCAUCACCCUGCCCAGAUCCUCCAGCGGCCCCCUCCUCCGCCCGGCGUGGGGCCAUACCCAGGGCAUCACGGCCAUCCUGUUCAGCAACACCAUGGGCAACCCCCAAUGCCCCCUCCUCAUUCUCCCAUUCCCCCUCACCCAUCCUACCCGCCUCUCCCACCCCCCUCUCCUCACACUCCCCUCAGCCCCCACUCUCCAGCAGCUCCUACCUCCCCAUUGCCCCAGCACAUCCCCAUGCACCAGGGGGGCCCUCAAGCCAUGCCCAACCAGGGCCCCCCCAAUCCCAAACCGAAGCAGGUCAACAGAAUCAGCACUGUUGUGUGAGGAAUGCCAACACAGCAGCCGCCACCGCAGGAUUGGUGGCUAAAUAUACAUAUAUAAAUAACAGAGCUCGGGGUCUCCUCUGUCCGGGCUGAGGUGAUGGGAAGACAGGGGAGGUCAGGAGGGUGUCUAGACUUUAUGGCCAUUCCCCUUCCUCCUCCCCACUCCACAUCCCGUCGCCCCUCUUUUUCCUAGGAUCAGAACUGAGAGAGGGCCUCCCUUGGAAAGGAAGAAGUCCGGACCUGCAACACCGCUGGCGGCCUGAGGAUAGCACCGGCUCCACAUUUGGGCUUUGCUGCUGAGGGGCUUCACCUCUUCCUCUCUUCUUGCCCCUGCCCACUUCUCCCCUUUUGCUUAGAAAACAGCAUCUCUGCAGAGAGGGAUGAUGUUAAAAACCUGAGGCCCAGUGAAGGAGGAAGGUGUGGUGCUUUCUGGUUGUGCUGGCUUAGGGAAUUUGUCCCUGGCACAGAAUUUCCCACCAGCAUUUUCUCUCGAUGUGCUGCAGCAGGAAGAAAUCUAGUGUAAUUUUGUAGCCCUUGUGCAUCCUUCCUUCUUGACAAUGGCACAGAAGGUAGUCAACACUAUUCAUAAGCGGGAUUGGAGAUGGUGGUAGUGUAGCACUCCCUGCAAAAGUCUCCUUCCUCCAAGAAAACUGGCUGUCAAGGGAGAAAGAUUCAGGCCUAGCCUCCCUGAUGAUUUCUAGAGCAGGUGGCCAUUUCUCAGACCUGCCCAAAGUCAGUUUUUCUGGGAAGGAUGGCCAAAGAGGAGGCCUUUGCCUUUUAUCUUUUUAUACAAGGCAACAUUUACAAUAUCAAAUUGCAGUUUCUGUCAACUAAAACUCUUCCUUUUAAUUAACAAAAUGGUCCUGGUGAACGUUGAAAAGAGAGUUGGAGCUUACAUGGUUGAUGCAGUAUUGCUUGUGGCCUGAAAAUUUGUUGCCAGUUUCACAUUUGGGAUUUGAUGUUAGGAGGCACCCUAGAAGCUUAGGAACUUGAGUCACAUUGGACAACCAGGGUGGCCUUGGUUUUCUGAAAGAGAAAGAGUCUGUAGGCAGCAGGCUUCCUUCUGUUCUUUUGCUGGUUGAAGACAGAAAAGCUGCUCCAGAUAUUGCAAUAUAGAAGUUAGCUCAAUCUGGUGUUUGUUCUCCACUUAAGGUUUCCAGAGUAAAAACUGGAGAGGGCUCCUUGGUGGUUGUAUAGGAGAGGAAAUUUCAGCAGUUGUUGCUGGUUGCAUGGCAAAGCAACACUUGCAGAAAUUCAAGAUACAGGAGUCCUCUCCAGUUUCCCCUCCGGCAACCCUAUCUCCUGUACCAAUGUGGCAAUGGCUGUUAAAAACCAUGACGAUGGAGGCCGAGUGGUAAGAAAGGAAAGAAUUUAUCUCUGAGUCGCCUUGGGUCUCUUCUGGGAGAAAGGUGGCAUAUAAAUGAAAUUAAUUAAUUAAUUAAUUAAACAGUCUCUUUCUCUCGCUUUCCCUCCAACCCACAGCUUCCCAGCCAUUUAAAGUCAAUUCUGUAUGCCCCUCUUUGACCCAAUAUAGUCCAGGUGAGGAAUCAUCCUGUGCCUCAGAUCUGCAUGGAAAUUCAGUGAUGACAGAACCUGUUGUUCUUGCCAAGUAGCUUCUGGCUUUAAGGGUUGCAGAUGGGGGAUGGAUGUAUUCUUUGCCUGGGUGCGUUGCCAUGGCCAGAGGGCAGGUGUGGCAGUGGUAUUGCCAAGGCAGGGGCAUCUGCGGGCAGAUCCCUUGCAUUGGAGCUCACACAGACACUGGCCUACAGCCUGACACCUGUGCCACUUUCUCCUUCAGAGCCUCUUCAGGAUUUGUCUUCCUGGACGCUUCUGGUGUGUUUCUUCCCUGCUCCCCCUGCAUCCACAAGGACCACCAAGGACGUUUCUCUUAGAAGGACACUUUCUGUUCUUACAAAGUAAAGAUCCCCAACCCUUUGCCUUGUUCCUCACACACCACACACCCAGGUGAGGUGGGGACAGGGGCCUACUAUGCCCCCAACCACUUUUGGGAGGAGUGGAGGCUCUCCUUUUUAAAAAAAUUUGCACAGAACAGUGUCUUGCCCUCUCAGUUCUUAUUCAUAAAGGGCUAUUCUUACUCCUUUCCCCUCCCCACCCCUGCUUUGGAGUUUGCACUGAAUACAUUUUUAAUGGGAGGGGGGUUCACAUAUAAAUAUAUCUGUCCCUGGCCUUGUAUGAACCACCCCUUCACUGAUUUGAGGAUGGAGGAAAACGGGAGCAGAAAGCAGGAAUAUUAUUCUCUCCUGUCACCCGAAUUGCUCUUUCAUCCUGUCAGUGUGUCUCUGCCUGACAGUAGGAGGGAGGUAGUGAAGCCCUUUCCCUCCUCUCCUUGGAAGCUUAGAUGCACUUUAACCCUCCAUUCCCUUUGUUUUUGGAGGGAAAAGAUGGGAUCAAGAUUUUCUAGUCCCAGGCCAAGCCUAUAGGGUCUGUCUGGCCUAUUCUUUUCCCCCACCUUUCCUUGCCUAACACAGUUACCUCAGCCUGCCACCCAUCCCUCUCAUCCGUAGGAUUAGAGACAGAGCUGCUAGGUUUUAAUGCUUGGAUUUGGAGCCCUGGUGCACAGUGGUUAAAUGCCUGUACUGCAGCCACUCAGUCAAAACCACAAGGUUGCGAGUUCAAUACCAGCAAAAGGGCUCAAGCUUGACUCAGGCUUGCAUCCUUCCGAGGAGG